AUGCCGAUCGCCAGUAGCAGCCACUCGAGUCUGAAACUAGGCACAGAAGAGAAACGGCCAAAUAAAAGCCAGGCUCGGGACGCUUCCGUUGUCCGCGUUCAAGAUGUAUCGCACAUGGAUAUAUGGAAGAAAGCUGUCGAAUUGGCACACGACGACUCCAAUCAUCUUAAUAAAGAGGAACUGCUGCGCAUCGACAAAAGAUGUGGGGCAAACUCUAUAUCUGCUGUUAUCGAAGAGGCCAAUACAGCGAGAGUUAAACUCGUUAUGAGUAAAAUAUCAUACACCACCUCUAGCGGCAAGAAGAUAGCCGUGCAGGAGAGAGUUGAAUGCCUGCUCAGAGGCUUACAGAACUACACGGGAAUAAUCGAUGAAGUCGUUUCCACGUCCGAGUAUGCCGGCAUCGUGUGGGCUUCCAUGAAGUUUUUUCUCCAGCUUCUCUGGAACAAGAUUGAGAUGCUAGAGAUGCUAGAAGAAGUCCUUGCUCGGCUCACGAUGACCAUGGCGGUCGGCCAAGUUUAUGAGAGCAUCUACUCGGAAUGCCAAGAGCUAACGCAGAUGCCGGAGCAUAAUGGGGAUGCCACUGUUCUGGCCAAGGAGAUGGAGUCGGCUCUUCCAAAGCUGUAUGCCGCUGUCCUGAUAUUUAGUACCAAGGCACAGUCAUACUUUCAGUCUGCUCUCAAGUUCACUGGGGCAAUUUCGGCUGCAAGGCCGUUUAGCGCUCAGUUUCAGCCACUUGUCGAGAACAUCAACAAGGGGCAGAAGACACUGGAGAAGCUAGCAACUCUAGCUACUUUCCAGACGAUCAAAGCCCCCCUAGAGACGCAAUUAAAAAAAAUCUACAGCCAAGUCCUAGACACUAACAACGGAAUCCAUGCUCUGCAAUCGGCAGAAGAGCAGCGGUCAGAACGUAAGAGACAGUUGCCCGAGUCUUGCCGCAACACGAUUAGCAGUGCACUGUUCUUGUUUGCUGACGAAGAACCGAUUAUAGAGCUAGCGCUAGAAUGGCUCGACGCCCAUGAUCCAGAGGACAGCCUUUCCGAGUAUAAGAGCCAGCGAGUGCAGGGGACCUGUGAGUGGAUUCUCAAGGCUCCUGAGUAUCAGCAAUGGCAAGCCGCCUCCCAGCCUGAGAACCUGUGGAUUUGUGGACAAAGUGGCACUGGAAAGACCAUGCUUGCAUCCUUCCUGGCAGAUUAUCUCCCGCGAGUCCAAGGCCAAGACGCGCUCGUCUUCUUCUUCCGGGCCGGCAGCGCAAAGGAAGCUUCGCCGGUAGGAGCGCUAUCAAGCCUCGUCCUCCAGCUCAUUCGACUCGCUGGGAGCGACGACACCGAUCCGGCUCUCCGGGCCCAACUCUUGAAAAUGCUAAAGGGCACUGUUAACAAGGGCAUCGGCUUCACGAACCGGGGAAAGACGGUGUUGGCGCUCCAUGACCUGCUUUCCGAGAUGCUCACGACGUUUAGCGCUCACAGGUCGAGACGGGUGGUCGUGAUCCUGGACGCGCUGGAUGCUUGCUCUGACCCUGUCGCGCUUAAAGGGUCUCCUGACUCGCGUCUGCAGAGUGCUGCGUCCCUGAUCAUUACUAGCGACCGGGCCGGACAGGAGUCUGCCGCUGGCAUUGUUCUAUGCUCUCCUCUGCAGAUGGCUAUCUACGACGACAUCAAGCUGUUUGUCGAUGCUAAGUUGGCCGCAGCCGGCUGUGCUCAUCUUCGUCCCCACAGCCAGGAAAUCACGGCAAUCAUCCGCAGGUCCAACAUGUUUCGCUACGGCGUCGUCCUGCUUAGGGACCUCGCAAGCCUGUCGCCCGAGACGGUCUCAGAACGCCUGGCGAGCCUGAAGCUAGAGCUGAACGACAUGCAGGACAGCCACAUCGGCUCACUUCCUUUAAGCACGCCGCUAAGUCAGGCCGUGCACCUGGUCGACUACAUCACUCUCAGGAUGUACCUUGAAUAUGCGGAAAAGCAGCAGCAGCAGCAGACACCAAUCUCGCAGCAGCAGCUGUCUCAGGCCAUCUCGUCCGCCUGGAGCCGAGGACGCCACGGGGCCGUCAGAGAGCUGAUGAGCUGCCGUGGAGGCGCUGAGGCGGCGAGCGAGCUGCUGUUGUCAGCAGCACAGCGCGGGCAUGCGGACCUGGCCCGGCUGCUUUUGAGCCAUCGAAGCGUCCAUGCGGAUGUCCGGAACAGUGGAGGGCGCACGCCGCUAUCGCUGGCCGCACAGGCAGGCCACGAUGACGUCGUGGAAGCGCUGCUGGCACGGGCCGACGUCGAUGUCAAUUCGCAGGACAACACAGACGACACGCCAUUGAUCUGGGCCGCCUAUUACGGGCGGACGCGGUGCGUCGAGAUGCUCUUGGCGCGACCUGGUAUCGAUCCCAACAUCUACAAUAACUACCGGGACUUGGCGCUGGUGUAUGCAAUUCGCUACGCCUUUGUCGACGUGGUCCGCCUGCUCCUGGCGUCACCCUCAAUCAAGGUCAACAAGGGGACGCUAGGCGGCAACACAGCUAUCCAUGAGGCGCCGAAUCGGGCGCCGUCUGGUCCGCCUGAAGGCCGCCGUGCGCACUACGAGUGCCUAAAGCUCCUUCUCGGCCGUGCUGAGCUCGAUGUCAACGUACGCCGCGACGGAGGACGGACAGCUCUUGCCACAGCGACAAAGUGGGACUUUUACGACCAGGUUGCCCUCCUUCUGACGAGAGACGACGUAGACCGCCAUCCAGUAGACGACGCCGGAGAGACUCCGCUAGCCACGGCGAAACGGCUCGGCUACAAUCAGAUUGUGGCACUUUUGUCCUGA